AUGAAGCGAAUUCGACCAAGCGGGUCUCAGCAACGAAAAAUUAAGAAGGCAAAAGAAAAGUCAGCUGAGGCGAUGUCUGGAUCAAUUUUAAAAUAUGUUGCACCUUCAACAUCUACCGCAGUAGGAGAAAGCGCUGAAGACGUUCAGUCUGUUGAAUCCAGAGGUGAAAUGCCUGAAGUAUCUUCUCAAGAAGCUUCAUAUGUGAAAGCGCAAGAAUUGGAGAAGAUCAUUUUAUCUUCAAGCGGUGAAAGUGAUGUAGAUGAAGGCGAUGCCAGCAGAAGCCUGCAUCAGCAAGACUCUGAUGAUGAUGAUCAUGAUGAUGAUGAAGAAGAAGAGGAGACUGUUCGACUGUCAGUUUAUUCUGAUGUUGCUGCUUGGCCAGUUCCAGUUCCAAAUGUUUUAAGAGUGGACCUUAUUAAGAGGGGAAGUGAACCUUUCCAAAAUAGAGAUGGGCCAUCAGUCCUGUUGAAAGGCAAGGAGAGAAAUCAAAAGGAAGAGUCGACAGUUGACCACUGCAUGGUUCUAUAAGGCUCUGCCUAAUGUCGAAACAAUUCUUAGAACGUGGAUGGUGUACUCUCCAUCAAAACAAAGUUUGUUUUGUUUUUGCUGCAGACAUUUUGCUGUUGAUGACAAAGUAACAGGGGCAUCCAGUUUUGUUACUGGGUUUCAAUUGUGGUGGAAGCUGAACCCAAAGGUGUCUGAUCAUGAGGCUCCUGAGCAGCAUCUUACAUGCUUGGAGAAAUGGAAGACCUUGAGAGCAGGAUUGAAGCUACAAAAAUGCAUUGAUCAUGUCCAUCAAACAACAGUGGACAGAGAGAAAAGGAAAUGGAGGGAUAUUUUGCAUCACCUUUUGGAUGUAACUUUGUUUAUGGCUCACCAGAAUCUUCCCUUUCGUGGUCAUAGAGAGACCAUGUCAUCCGCAAACAAAGGCAACUUCCUCGAAUUGGUAGAAUUGCUCUCAAACUAUGAUCCCAUUUUAAAGGAACAUUUCAUGAGGCUGAAACAUGCUGUUGCAUCUGGAAAGAGAAUGACUUCCUAUUUCUCUCCAAAAAAUCAGAACAAAUUAAUUUGUCUUUUGGGAAAUCAUGUGAAGGACAAAAUAGUGGCUGAUAUCAAGAAAGCAAAGUACUUUGGGAUUCUUUUUGACAGCACCCCUGAUGUGUCCCACACUGAUCAGAUGUGUGAAGUGAUCAGAUAUGUUCAUAUUGAAGGGGACCAUGUUGAAGUAAAGGAAUCAUUCUUGGGCUUCUUUCCUGUUGCUGAAAAGACUGCUGCUGAGCUCACAGAAAAUAUCCUGCAACAUCUGGAGGAAGAUGGACUAGACAUAAGCCUUUGCCGUGGUCAAGGAUAUGAUAAUGCUGCAACUAUGGCAGGGAUUCAUGGUGGUGUUCAGGCAAAAAUAAAAGAGAUUAAUCCCAAGGCUUUGUUUAUGCCAUGUGCUAAUAAUUCCCUGAACCUAUGUGGGGUGCACUCAUUUGGAAGUGUUGCUUCCUGUGUGACCUUUUUUGGAACAUUGGAGAGAGUGUAUUCCUUUUUUUCGGUUUCUACACAUCGUUGGGAAUUGCUGAUGGAAAAUGUAGGUGUGACAGUGAAAAGACUUUCCCAAACAAGAUGGAGCGCUCAUUAUGAUGCUGUGAAGCCAGUGAGGGCAAAUUUUUAA